AUGGUGGUGUGGAGAACCCCUGAAGGCGUGGGGGACUCCCAGGGGACCCUCUCGUCUCCAGUGUCCCAGGUCCCCCCCUUGCCUCUGCCCGGGGAUCUCGGUGGACACAUGAAUUCUACUGCAGCCGCUAUGGACAUCCCCACGGCUCCAGCGGCUCCCGGGGCCCCCAGCGCCACUGCCACAAUCCCCGGGAACAACAACAACUCUUCCUCCUCGUCUUCCUCGUCCUCCUCCGGGGACAAGCAGCAGAGUCAGCAGAUCGAGUGCAUCGUGUGCGGGGACAAGUCCAGCGGGAAACACUACGGCCAGUUCACGUGUGAAGGAUGUAAGAGCUUCUUUAAGCGCAGCGUCCGGAGGAACCUGAGCUACACCUGCCGAGCCAACCGGAGCUGCCCCGUGGACCAGCACCACCGCAACCAGUGCCAGUACUGCCGCCUCAAGAAGUGUCUCAAAGUGGGCAUGAGGAGGGAAGCCGUGCAGAGGGGCCGGGUGCCCACGCAGUCGUACCACGGGCAGUUCGCACUCACGAACGGGGACCCCCUGCAGUGCCACUCGUAUCUGUCCGGGUACAUCUCUCUGCUGCUGCGUGCGGAGCCGUACCCCACCUCCAGGUUCGGCUCUCAGUGUCUGCAGAGCAACAACCUGAUGGGCAUCGAGAACAUCUGUGAGCUGGCGGCCCGCAUGCUGUUCAGUGCGGUGGAGUGGGCUCGGAACAUCCCCUUCUUCCCGGACCUGCAGGUCCCGGACCAGGUAGCUCUGCUGCGGCUCACUUGGAGCGAACUGUUCGUGCUGAACGCGGCGCAGUGCUCCAUGCCCGUACAUGUGGCUCCUUUGCUGGCCGCGGCGGGACUGCACGCCUCCCCCAUGUCCGCGGACCGAGUAGUGGCCUUCAUGGACCACAUCCGGGUCUUCCAGGAGCAGGUGGAGAAGCUGAAGGUGCUGCAUGUGGACUCAGCCGAGUACAGCUGCAUCAAGGCCAUCGUGCUGUUCACCACAGACGCCUGCGGCCUCUCGGACAUAGCCCACGUGGAGGGUCUCCAGGAGAAGUCCCAGUGUGCCCUGGAGGAGUACGUGAGGAGCCAGUACCCCAACCAGCCCACCCGCUUCGGGAAGCUGCUGCUGCGCCUGCCGUCGCUCCGCAGCGUCUCCUCCUCCGUCAUCGAGCAGCUCUUCUUUGUGCGUCUGGUCGGAAAGACACCCAUCGAAACCCUGAUCAGAGACAUGCUACUCUCCGGCAGCAGCUUCAACUGGCCCUACAUGCCCAUACAGUAG